AUGAAAGUGAUAAAGAAAAAUGAAGACGAACAAGAAGAUUUGGAACUACCUUUAUUUGAUUUUUAUACAGUAACGAUUGCCACUGAUAAUUUCUCAAAAGACAAGAAGCUCGGUGAAGGUGGUUUUGGCCCUGUAUAUAAGGGUACACUACCAGAUGGACAGGACAUUGCUGUCAAAAGGCUUUCACAUAGUUCGACACAAGGAAUGAUAGAAUUCAAGAACGAGGUUAUAUUUUGUUCUAAAUUUCAACACCGGAACCUUGUCAAGGUCCUUGGCUGUUGCAUUGAAGGACAAGAGAAAUUACUCAUAUAUGAAUAUAUGCCCAAUAAAAGUUUAGAUUUCUUUUUAUUCGAUUCUUCUCAAAGUAAACUUUUGGACUGGUCUAGGCGGUUUAAUAUUAUAAGCGGAAUUGCACGAAGGCUCCUUUACCUUCACCAGGACUCCAGAUUUAGAGUUAUACAUAGAGAUUUGAAAGCAAGUAAUGUUUUAUUAGAUGAUAACAUGAAUCCAAAAAAUUCUGAUUUUGGCUUGGCUCGCAUGUGUGGAGGUGACCAAAUUGAAGGCAGCACAAGCAGAGUAGUUGGAACAUAUGGUUACAUGGCGCCUGAAUAUGCAAUUGAUGGGAUAUUCUCCAUUAAGUCUGAUGUAUAUAGCUUUGGAAUUUUAUUAUUAGAGAUUUUAAGCGGGAAGAAAAAUAAAGGACUUUCCUAUUCAAGCCAUAGCUGCAAUCUUGUUGGGCACGCAUGGAUGCUGUGGAAAGAUGGAACACCAAUGGAAUUGAUUGAUACUUUUUUGGAAGACUCGUGCGUUCUUUCGGAAACCUUACGAUGCAUUCAUAUUGGACUUUUAUGUGUGCAACAUCAACCAGAUGAUAGACCAACUAUGGCAUUUGUGCUUAUAAUGUUGAAUAGUGAAAAUGCAUUACCACAACCAAAAGAGCCUAUCUUCUUCAUAGAGAAAGUUUCAAUUAAGGAAAAAUCUACUUCUGAUUCGAAGACAUCCUCUUCAGCCAAUGAAGUAACUGUCUCAAUAAUGGAACCAAGAUAG